GCUGCAAGCUAGUAGGCGCCAGUGGUGCUGAUUAGAAAACUAGACUGCUUCAUUUGGGUCCUUUUUUGCUACUUCAAAUGGCAAUCCACUGUGCAACUAGAACUAGCAAGAGAAUGGGCAACGCUUUUUCACUGUCACCUUCCUAAGAAAAUAUUUUGUUGACAAAUGACCCUGUUUAUCGUCCUGCAUCUGAAGAGAGUUCAAGAUGCAGCCUCAACUUUCCCUCUGACACCAGAGAAAGGCUUACAGUGCAAUCUUAGGCAUAUUUACUCAAAGAAAAUGAGUUUGACUCAUUGAAAGUGUCGAUUUUGUGGGGGAGAGCAGAAGAUUUUGACACCUUGGGCAAAGCUCCCUAGACAUGCCACAGACACCUAGAUGGAUUCCUCCUGAAUGGCAUUCACAGUAGCAAGCUCUUGGGAACUGUGCUUCCAGACUCUGCUCUAGAAGAAGCAGCCUUCGAGGAAAUGUUGGAUUCAGUCAAAUGCGUUCUGGUAGGAGAUGCUGCUGUUGGGAAAACGGCACUGCUGCUACGUUUUACUUCCGAGACUUUUCCAGAUGCUUACAGACCAACAGUUUAUGAAAACACAGGGGUUGAAGUCUUCUUGGAUGGUGUCCAGGUUAGCUUGGGCCUUUGGGACACUGCUGGCAGUGAUUCCUUCAAAGGCAUCCGUCCUCUUUCCUAUCAACAGGCUGACGUGAUAUUAAUGUGCUACUCCGUGGCCAAUCAGAACUCAUUCCUCAGCUUAAGGAACAAAUGGGUUACAGAGAUCCGGACUCAUUUGCCUCGCAUCCCAAUUCUAGUGGUGGCUACCCAGAUUGACCAGAGGGAAACAGGACCUCAUAGCGCAGCCUGUAUCAGUCCAUUGCUUGGGAAGCAAUUGGCCAAGGACCUCCGGGCCAAGGGCUAUGUUGAGUGCUCCUCUCUCAUCAACAGGGGAGUACAGCAGGUGUUUGAGUGUGCUGUCCGGACAGCCGUGAAUCAAGCAAGAAAACGAGCCAGGAGGCGUAUUUUUUCAGUGAAUGAGUGCAAGGUCUUUUAAACUCAACUUGGUGUCCUUUUCUGUUGUACAGCAGAGUGGUUUCAAUGCAAAGAUGAAAAAAAGGGAGUUCUGUUAGCAUUCGUGGUGGGCCACUCAGAUUGGCAUUGGGAACUUUCUGCACAAAGAGCAAAGUGAAACUGCCCUUCCCCAUGAAGAUGUAAUGGUCCCAUUUGGCUCCCAGAGGCAUAAACUGAAGGAAAGCUGAAUUGGAGACUUUUGAACAGCAGCACCAUCAUUGUUAUCAUUGUAGCUUUUCAGUGAAACUUCACAGCUUGCUUUCCACAUCGGAGAUGUUUGGUGAAUAUCUACACGUCAGACUUACGUUGGCUUUCUACCAGUGUCAUUGCUUUCUUCAGAGUAUGAUGUAAUUUGAUGAGGGUGCUGAGGAUCUGGCUACUGAAACCAAUCUUCCUCUUAUAUUGCAGUCCCCAGGAUUCCCUGUGGAGUGGGUAAUAACUGCCAAACCAUUAUAAUUAAUGGCAUAGAUACACCUGUUAAUUUUGUUUAACUUGGUUUAAUUUAUAACUUAAAUUUAGUCCUGGGUUUGGUGUCACCUUGAUGGCUCCAGAAACAAAGUGCUAGUGUAAAAUAUCAGACAGAAAUAUCCCCUGUGUACUCAAUAUAGAGGACAGCUCUUAUCAGUCUAGCACAGCUACUAAGAUUGGUGGUGGUACCUGUUUUUAAUAGCUAUGUGGCAGAAAGAAAUAAGUCCCACAAACUAUCUUGGUGGUAUUGUGAUGAGACAAGCUACACUUAUUUGCUUCUUCCUGCCAUCCAUAGAAACACAGGAAGCUGUCUUAUACUGAAUCAAACCAUUGGUCCAU